UUCUCCCCUUUCCCUCUCCACUCAUUUUCCUUCUAACCAAACACCCAUUCUUCUCACUUCUCUCUCUCUCCUUUGGACUAAAAUUCUUCAUCUCACUGCUUUUUCUUUCAUGGAGAACGGCUUCUCUUCUCCUCGGAGCGAAUCCUUCCCGGCCGGUCUCCGGUUCUCGUUGUUGAUGAUGAUCCAACAUGGCUCAAAAUUCUUGAAAAGAUGCUCAAGAAGUGUGCUUAUGAUGUAUAAUGGCUUCUGGAUCAGUUACCGGGAGUACUUGAAACUGAAAGCUAGGUUUGAGUCCCUACAACAAACUCAGAGAAACCUUCUUGGGGAAGAUUUGGGCCCAUUAAACACAAAUGACCUUGAGAGGCUUGAGCGGCAAUUGGACUCAGCCUUGAAACAAGCCAGGUCCACUAAGGUCUGAAAUCGUUCAUCGAAGACAGAAGAGGGCGUGUCGGUGCACCAGGAAAUGCCAUGGAAACCAGCUCUUGGUGACACUGGGGAGAAGAAAAAAAUAUGAGGUACGUUUGCUUAGAAA